AUGUUUAAGAAAAUUGCUGUAGGCAUAUCUGGCGGUGUUGACAGUUCAGUCGCUGCUUUAUUAUUGAAAAGAGCAAAUUAUCAAGUGGAAGGAGUGUUUAUGCGAAAUUGGGACAGUAAUUACGAAGUGGGAAGCUGUUCUGAUGAAAAAGACUUUGACGAUGCCUCGUUCGUGUGCCGUAAGCUUGAUAUACCUUUGCAUAGAGUUCACUUCAUAAAAGAAUAUUGGAAUGAUGUCUUCACAGUUCUCCUUAAGGAAUAUGAAACUGGUUUAACACCAAACCCAGAUAUACUGUGCAACAGAUACAUUAAAUUUGAUAGUUUCUUUGAACAUUGCAGGAAUAAUUUAGGAGUUGAUGCUAUAGCUACUGGUCAUUAUGCUAAUACAUCAUUUGGACCAUUUUUAGAGAAUUAUUUGGAAACUGAAGGUGUUAAAUUACUCCGGCCAGUAGACAAGCACAAAGAUCAAACAUUUUUCCUAUCACAAGUUAAGCAAUUUUCACUAAGGAAAUGUAUGUUCCCAAUAGCAAAUCUACUGAAAAGCGAAGUUAGAGACAUAGCAAGGAAAGAAGGUUUAUUGCCAGUUGCCGACAAAAAAGAUAGUACUGGUAUUUGUUUUAUUGGAAAGAGAAGAUUUAAAGAUUUUAUUGAUGAUUAUAUACAAGCAAGAAAAGGAAAUUUCAUUGACAUAGAUACUGGACAAGUGGUCGGAGAGCAUAGCGGCAUUCACAAGUGGACAGUCGGCCAAAGAUGUAAUUUAGCUAACUGGAGACAUGCUUAUUUUAUAUUUAAAAAGGAUUUGGACACUAAUAAUAUUUAUGUAGUAUCCGGUACCAGCCAUCCAGCACUAUGGAACAAUAUCUGUUUAUCUGACAAACCUCAUUGGAUAAAUGAAGAACCACAAGAACUAAAUGAAAACAAUGUACUGAAUUGUACAUUCAGAUUUCAACAUACCAAACCUCUAGAACCUUGUAGGAUUGUGAAUAAUCCUGAAGGAUUGACAAUUAUAUUAAAAAACAGUCUAAGGGCCUUGACGGAGGGCCAGUUUGCUUGUUUCUACAGAGAUGAUGAGUGCCUCGGAAGUGCGAAAAUAAAACAUGUUUGCCAUAAUCUAGUGUACUAG